AUGCCAUUUGCUCGGAUUCCAAAAAUUUUCAAUAUCGAUUGCCGGGUUUGGUGGGCACUGAUUUCUCUUUCCCAGCUUUUGACAUGCAUACUUAUGGUCGCCUGCAUAUUAACAACCAAAUGGGUUGAACUCGGCCCUAGUGGCUUGAUGAAAGGGUCACUUUUCCAAAUUACUGGAUAUAUGCAAAAAUGGUGGAACAGAAAGCCUGACCUUUUUCUUCAACAUCAGUAGGCAAUCGUCCAGUUUGAAGGGAUGGGCGGAAAGAGGCUAUAAUCCUUUGUGCAUAUCAGGCUAGGUUUUUCUCGGGCCAUAGGAGCUAAUCGCUGGGACUUCAAGUUUUUGCCUCCGAGACCAUAUUUGGAAAGAGCAAGACCAGCAAAAGCACCGAGAGGACGAUAAAAUCUCUCUAGUAGGGCUCAAGAGGUGACAUCUUCCUAACGAGAAACUGGGAGUUUUGCCCUAUAGGCUCGAGGAAUCAUGGAAGCCAAGAACGGUAGUUCCAUCCUUGCCUGUGGCGAGGAAGGUGUCUGCCAGAGUCUACCGAGGAUGAUGAGAAUGCAGGGGUGAAAAUUCCCGUCCCUGUGUAGGACUAACAGCUCACUUUAUCUUAAUAUAAAUCCAAUUAAUGGAACCUCUGGGACCACAAAUGUCAAUAAAUUUUGGCAUGACUACUGGAAAGAUAACUGUGACAACGACCAAUGGCGAGAUUUCGGAAUUUGCAAAGUAAUCGAUAGUUUAUAUGAAGGAAGCAUUUAUAUGAGUGUAGGAGAAGCCCUUGCGUUUUUAUGCCUGCUUCUCUGGACUUAUUCCUUUUUUCAAUGGAUUUAUAUAGGGAAAGCAAGAGUAAAGAGUCUGAGUAGGCCAUAUAUACAAGCAAUCGCAAUGAUAGGUUUUCAUUAUGCAGCAACAAUAAUUUGGAUUACUGAAGCAAGAGCCAAGUACAGCGGGAGCUGUGAUUGGGAUGGGACUUUUUCACAAGUCCCUGAUCUAUGCGCAAAGGAUGGAGCUAAAAUAGCUUUAGCUUUGAUGAUUUUGAUGCCUAUUUUUGUUAUCAUUUUUAUUGCUGUUUUUCAAGCAGGGCAUAAAGAGCUGGUGGAAGCUAGAAAUAAAGCUGAAAUAAAUGCGCCUUUAGGGAAUAAUGUGAAUGUUAUUGGAUUUGUUCCUCAAAAUCCUCAAGGAUAUAUACAACAGCCUUAUGUGCAACCAUAUGGUCAGCCAUAUGUUCAACCACAGCAGCCAUAUGGCCAACCUCAGCAAUUUUAUGGCUACCAGCAAUAG